AUGUAUUAACAGGAGAGUUAUAGGAAAGCUAAUCAUUAUCUCGUCUAAAGACCAAAGUAACCUGAUAUUCAAUCGAAAUAAUUAAAUCAACCCUCGAUCACUACUAUACGUCAGAUCUUAGAAGUAAUACGUUCAAAGGAGAGAAGCAAUAGUUAGAUAAAAUACAUAAAAACAACAACAGGAUAAGAAAAAAAGGAAGAAAAUCAUUCACCACAGGUACUUCUCACUUCAAACUAAGAAUCCAAUUAUCAUAGUGGAUCUAUUGUAUCUAAACUUUUAAGAUUAAAUAAAAUCACUCGAAAUAAAACUUAAGUUACACCUAUUUAAUAUAAUUUUAUAGAUAGAAUUGUUGAACACAAUAAGAAAAAAACAGAAAUCUAAUCUGAGCGAAAUUCGCCUUUGAGGAUUCGAAAAAAUAUCCCCUCUAUGGAGUUUUAAUUGUCAACCUAAAUGCUAAUUUUGGAGAGUCAGAAACAAAACAACAACACUAAUUUGACUGAAAGACAAUUUUUCAUUCAAAAACCAAGAGUAUUAGAAUCUAUUUAGCAUAAACAAAGCAAGAGCAUAUAGAAUUAUCUUUCUCAUCAUUAAAAUAUGCAAACUGAAUAAGCAAGUCCAACCCUAAGGAGUUUAAAUAAAACGAGUUAUCAAUGCGAAUAAACAAAAAGUACGAAUAAAAUUAGAAAUGAAAAGAUUGACAAGUAAAUCUAACUAAUUAGGAAAGUAAGUGGCUGGACUAUUUAAAGCCAAGAUAGUGUUCAAACACCUUUCUGA